AUCACGGUGCCAAAAGAUAUACGUACUGUCCUUCGUCCUCGAAGCUAAUCGGCUAAACUUACAGACGGGAAACAUGAAGGCCAGCUCCGGAGUGCUGCUCGCCGCCAUGGCGGUUGCGUCAUUGGCCGCGACGGCGCUGGCGACGGACUACAUCGUAGGUGGCUCCGACUUGUGGGACACGUACAUCGACUACGACCAGUGGGUGGCCGGCAAGACCUUCAUGGUCGGCGACACCAUAACGUUCAGGUACGAGCCGUACCACAACGUGCUGGAGGUGACGGAGGCGGACUACGCCAGCUGCAGCCCAGACAACCCCGUCUCCACCGACUCCGGGGGCAAGACCACCUUCGAGCUCGCCGCCACGGGAACCCGCUACUUCAUCUGCGGCAUCCCGCGCCACUGCCUCAACGGCACCAUGCACGUCAAGAUCACCACCGUCCCCUACGACGCCGCUGCCGCGGCGGCAGCCAACGCCGCCGCCACACCUUCAUCGGCUCCGCUCUCCUCGCCUCCGGCCGACAGCUUCGCGCCGGCGCCGGCGGGAUACAAGGUGGCGAUGGACGUCGAAGGGAAGUCGCCGACGGGCGCGCCGAGCAACGCGCCGCGGUAUCAGCAGCCGGCUGCGGCGGUGGCCGGCCUGGCGCUGGCUGCUCUGGUGGCCUUGGCCGCCUAAGCAACGUGCGCAUUUGUACGCACGUUGUUGUUUUGAGUUACCUGAUGCAUUUGUUACUGUGUACGCGACAGGUGUACGUACUUAUACGGGGCAUCUGAGUAUUUUUCGAGUUGUAUUUAACUUAUUCCUUUCUACUUUUUUACUUUUGUGGUGUAUUUAUUUUCGAUACAUGGGUGUAACGUGUAACAUUUACUCUUUUGAAAUUCCAUUUUGAAAACGCCACGCAGCAGCUUUGUUGUUGUUUUGAUCG